AUGACAUCAGGCACAAGCUUCAUCUUGGAUUUUAUUUUGUACACUGGGGCACAGACGGAGGUUCAGGUUGACCCAAAAUUUGGUUUUGCUGGCUCGGUAGUCAGUGGACUGAUAGGACCAUACUUGGGGAAAGGACAUAAUCUUUUUUCUGAUGGUUACUACGCCAGUCCAACUUUGUUUGAGUACCUCCAGCAAAACAACACAGGAGCUCGUGGCACACUUCGACCGAAUGGAAAAGGGAUGCCUUGUUUGCCUGCAGUCAACCGCGGGGAAAUUAGUGCAUGCCACAAGAACAACUUCAUGUGCUUCAAGUGGUCUGCCAAGCGAAUGGUCCACAUGCUAACAUCAGUUCACGAGAACAAGAUCAUUCAAACUGAAAAGAGUGAUUAUACCACGGGAGAGCCAAUAAUGAAGCCAGAGGCAGUAGUUGAAUAUACACAGAAAAUGCGUAUCGUUGACAAGGCUGAUAUGCUACUGAGCUUGUGUAGAAUGCCUUAG